AUGUUUGCGAUCCGAGACUUCAGGGCAAAGGACAGAACUCCAAAUAUUGUUACCUACAAGUCUGACAACAAGGAUAAGACUAUAACCACAAGACUACAAAAGACGCUCGCCAUGAAGUUGUUGACGUUUCUAGCCGUGGUAGUCACGGACAUUCUUCUCUGUCAAGGGGCAGGCGAGGACUACGAGGAGACAGCAUGUCUGGACUGUCAACAGUUGCUGCUAAAACAAAAUAAAAUCAUUAACCAGCUGUCUGUUAAGAUUCAGCGUUUAGAGGCAAGUCCGGUUACGGGAGAGGAAUGGACACUGGCGUUUCGUGGCACAGCUUAUAUAGGCAAAUCUGUUUAUGCCGCCUAUAAGGACGGUACCGGGAUCCCCAGUGAGGUGGAACCCGGAUGUAAACAGGUCACCAAACCACUGCCCUGCAACAACCACUAUAGAAACCUGAACGUUUUCGACAACUGGGAUAAAGUAAAGGAAGUAGCCUUCGUCGUGUACUCCAACUACCAGAAGGUCAAGGAGAUUUUGUUUGACGGCACAAGUACAACCUACAUGACCUGGUUCGACAAGUCUAGAGUCAAGUUCUCUACAUGGAAGCAAAUCAAGACGGAAACCACAAACGUUUUUUCUAUUGCAGGUGACAUCAAUCCUGUCCUCAUGAGGACGUUCUUCGUCAACAACUUCUAUGGCGGAUGUCCAGCCGACAAGGGCUGGUUCGUGGCUGUGGACAGGGCAGACGGCGCAUGCGCCUGGGAGAAGGCGAGCAGGUUCCCAGUCUUCAAGUACUCACGACAGAGUAGCCCUGAGAACUGGAACACUGGUGACGUGGCCAAUGCCGACAUGUUCGCCAUCUUUGUUAAAUUCUACGACACAUCGACACAGGCUAGGCCCAGCUUAGGAGAGGGAUGGACACUGGCGUUUCGUGGUACAGCUUACAUAGGAAAAUCUGUUUACGCCGUCUUUAAGGACGGUACUGGGAUCCCAAGUGAGGUGGAACCCGGGUGUAAACAGGUCACCAAAUCAUUAUCCUGCAACAACCACUACAGAAAUACAGAUGUGUUCGACAAAUGGGACAAAGUAAAGGAAGUUUCCUUCAUCCUGCACUCCAACUACCAGAAAGUCAAGGAGAUUUUGUUUGACGGCACCGAUACAACCUACAUGAACUGGUUCGACAAGUCCAGAGUCAAGUUCUCUACAUGGAAGCAGAUCAAGACGAACCCCACCAACUACUUCUCUAUUGCAGGUGACAUCAGGCCAGAGCUUAUACGAGCCUUCUUCAUCAACCAGAACUACGACGGUUGUCCAGCAGACAAGGGCUGGUUCGUGGCUGUGGACAGGGCAGACGGCCCGUGCUCGUGGGAGAAGGCGAGCAGGUUCCCGGCAAAGGACAGAACUCCAAAUAUUGUUACCUACAAGUCUGACAACAAGCACAAGACUACGACCACAAGACUACAAGAGAAGCUCGUCAUGAAGUUGUUGACGUUUCUAGCCGUGGUAGUCACGGACAUUCUUCUCUGUCAAGCCGCGGGCGAGGACUACGAGGAGACAGCAUGUCUGGACUGUCAACAGUUGCUGCUAAAACAAAAUAAAAUCAUUAACCAGCUGUCAGUUAAGAUUCAACGUUUAGAGGCAAAUCCGGCUACGGGAGAAGAAUGGACACUGGCUUUUCGUGGUACAGCUUACAUAGGAAAAUCUGUUUACGCCGCCUAUAAGGACGGUACUGGAAUCCCAAGUGAGGUGGAACCCGGAUGUAAACAGGUCACCAAACCAUUACCUUGCAACAACCACUACAGAAACCUGAACGUUUUCGACAACUGGGACAAAGUAAAGGAAGUCGCCUUCGUCGUGUACUCAAACUACCAGAAGGUCAAGGAGAUUUUGUUUGACGGCACAAGUACAAACUACAUGACCUGGUUCGACAAAUCCAAGGUCAAGUUUUCUACAUGGAAGCAAAUCAAGACGGAAACCACAAACGCUUUUUCUAUUGCAGGUGACAUUAGGCCUGACCUUAUGAGGACGUUCUUCGUCAACAACUUCUAUGGCGGAUGUCCAGCAGACAAGGGCUGGUUCGUGGCUGUGGACAGGGCAGACGGCGCAUGCGCUUGGGAGAAGGCGAGCAGGUUCCCGGUCUUCAAGUACGCACGACAGAGUAGCCCUGAGAACUGGAACACUGGUGACGUGGCCAAUGCCGACAUGUUCGCCAUCUUUGUUAAAUUUUACGACACUCCUUGAACCCGCAGAUGGUUAGAUCGGGAGCUUGUCAAUGAAAAUGAAAUCUUUUAAAUAAAUCAGAAAAAAAUUA